AUGUCUCCCCCAUGUCUCUGUCCUACCUUCCAUCCAUGUCUCUCUCCCCUGUCCAUACAUGUUCCCCUUCCUUCCAUGUAUCUACCACAUCCAUGUCUCUCUCUCACAUCCAUAACUCUCUCCCCUCCCAUCUAUAUUUCCCUUUCCCUUCCCUCCAUUUCUCUCCCCCUUCAUGUCUCUGUUCCCCUCCCUUCCAUGUCUCCCUCCCCUUCAAUUUCUCUCUCCCCAGUCCAUCCUCCCCUCUCCCUUCCAUGCAUUUCUCUGUUUCCUUUCCAUCCUUAUCUCACUCCCCCAUCCAUCAAUUUCUCCCUACCUUUUCCAUCCAUGUCUCUCCCCUACAUCUCUCCCCCAUGUUUCCCUCCCUUCCAUAUAGCUCCCCCCACAUCUCCCUCCCCCUUCCAUCCAUGUCUCCCUGGAAAAGUGAUUUUUUGCACCCCCUCGACAGGCGCCCCCUAUUGGCCCCAGAUUGGUUGGGCUGUUGGUUUCCCAGGAGUGCUCUAGAUCAUUAAAGAAACAUUCAAAGCACCAUAACCACUACAGCCAUCCCAGGGUAAAUAGUCAAUCCACUUGCUUCCAUUAGCUCUUUAGCAGGUCUGGCUGAGAGCUUAAGCUGUAUGAUCUCAGUAUGUUUUUCAACUAAUGAGCUAAGCCAGGAGUAGGUAGAUCUCCAGAUAUUGAAGAAAUACAAUGUAUUACAACAUAAGAUUGGCAUACAACGUAAGAUUGGCAAAGCAUCAUGGCAGUUGCAACAUCUGGGGAUCAAAAUUUUGACCAGUGCUAUGCUAAGUCCUGUACCACUGAGCUUAACUCCAGGGGCAAACAGUUUGACUACUUGCCAUGGGAUUGCACCAAGACAGUCCUGACACUAUAACCACUACAGCAGGCUGUAGUUAUUAUUAAGCUUGGAUUAUUCCUUUAAGGAAAAAAGGCUAUCCAGGAUGGGAAUCAUGAAUGCUGACAUGUUAUCAACAAUCUAUAAUUGGCAUGAAUACUAUCUUCCAUGUGCCUUUCAUGGGGGGAAUUGUAACACUAGAAUGAACAUUUGUAUAGCAUUUAUAAAACAAUGAACACUAUCAACAAUAUUUGUUGGGUGAAAAAUACUCUAAAAUGUGGCAGUUCAUCAAAAAACAUAAUCAUUAUCAGGCAUUCGAGGUUGGUAAAUAGGAAAAACAUUAUUGAUAUAUUUUAUCUGUAUCAAGAAAAAAAAGAAAAAAGAAAAAAAUAUCUCAUAGAUUGCACUAACAGCGUUAGAAAAAUAGUUGGAAAAUGUCAUCAGAAGUCAAUAUUGAUUGAACUAAAAUGCUUACGAUAAAGUCCAUUUGACCUUGUUUUGCGUGUAAGAAUAGUAUUGCCUAAAUAAGGAAAGUUGACAAACAAAUUAGUUUAGUAACACCUGUAAUACCUUUGUUUAUUCCCAUUCCUCGGUACAAUAUAAAAGGGCAUUUAUCCUUACAUUUUUACUGACUUGUAACAUUACACGGAUAAGAAUGUUGAGACUUCUUACACUAGCGGCACUCGUCCUCUGUGGUAAGUUUUAUUUUCUAACCUAUUUUGGGUAUACAUAUGACCCAAAGGGUAGGUAUCCUGAAGAUGACUUGUAUGAAUAAAGUAGCAACAUUCAAUCACUUCUAUCAAUUCAAAAUUUAGAUAAUAUAGUGAACAAAGCUUUCAGGUAAUUAACUCUUUUAUAGUUGGUCCAUUAAAAAAAAUUAUGUGUAUUAUGUGAUUGUACCACAUCAUCAAAUAUAUAUAUAUAUAUAUAUAUAUAUAUAUAUAUAUAUAUUUUAUUCUAAAAAUGUUACUUUCUUCUGAAACAUUAUAUGUAUGCAUAGCACAAUAUGACAUAUGAACAAGAGAUUAAUACAAUAGAAAACAUUAAAAAAAGUAUGUGUUUAUAUUAAUUUUUAUAUAGAUAAUUACCCUAAAACAAAUAAAAAAACUAAAAAUAGAUUAACUUUAUAUUUCUGAUUGGUAAAAUGGUGCAUGUUUCCAAGAUUUAACUUUUAUUUUGAUGCUACCAGACAAAUAUUGCAAGGAGUGAAUUAGUUUUAAAGCUAAAUAUUUGCAAAAUGUGGCCUACCCAGAAUAUAAUUUUAAUAUCAGACAUGUUUUCCAAAACUAGACACAUAAUGUAUUUAACUAAAAGCAUUUUGAAACUUUUCAUUUCAUCAAUGUAUCACUACCAGCUUCUGCCAAAUCUGAUGGGUGCAUUUAAUGUUUGUGUUUUUAAUGGGAAAUGUCACAGUCCAUGUGUAAUCCACUACUGUAAAGACGAUAGUUCUGUAUUCUGCUACUGAUUCUGAGUACAGCAAGACUUCCAUACAGACUUCUGUCAGAUCUUAGAUAUUACAAAGGCAAAUUAUAGACAAUCUAAUCAUAAAUAAUUGCCAACUGCACACCAAAUACUUAUAUAUUAAUAUUAAUCAUCACAUUAAAAAGUCAAUUAAUAUAUGCACACAUAUCUAAAUGAAAGUGUAAAUAACAAUAUAUGUUGGAUAUUUAAAGGAACACUGUAGGGUCAGGAACACAAACAUGUGAAACCAACAUCUAGCCCCCUCUCACCCCUGUUGCUCCCUAAAUAUAGUACAAUCAUACUUGUAUUCAAGUCUGCUGCUGCUGGCUCUGCCUCUGACCUGUCUGCAUGCCCAACAACCACAGAAGCAGAUCAUGGCCAGAGCCAGCACAAGCCAAACACAGCCCUGGCCAAUCCUUAUAGAUAUACAUUGAAUCAAUGCAUCUGUAUGAGGAAUGUUCAGUGUCUUCAUGCAGAGGGUGGAGACACUGAAUGGCAGUACUGCACAGUGUACAGCACUGCCCCAGGAAGCACCUUUAGUAGCCAUUUGAGGAGUGGCCAAUGGAGUUAUCCCUAGACUGUAAUGUAAACACUGCAUUUUCUGCAAAAAGCCUGAAGGGAAUAAUUCUACUCACCAUAACACAUAGAAUAAGCUGUAGUUGUUUUGAUGACUACAGUGUCCCUUUAAUUCAGUACACAAGCCAAAAAAUACCAAAUGUGCAAAAAGAGUAAAUGCAAGAAUAAUACAUAUGACCAAAGAGUAUAAAUCUCCUUUGCCAAACAAAAAAUGCAUAGAGUGUUUUACCUCGCCUGGUAGUUGGGACUCAGGGCAUGGCACAACUAACACACAGCAUUUCAACCUGUUGGCCUUACUGAAGGGCAAUGAGUAUUCCUGCUGAGGGCAUUUAUAUAGUAUAAUUUAUGAUGGAAUAUACUAUAGAAACACCCUCAGCAGGAAUACUUGCAUUUACUCUUUUUUGUAUGAUCUUGUUGCACAUUCUGUAUUUUUUGGCUUCUGUACAAUGUUACAUAUUCAGCAUAUAUGUGUAGUAAUACCUUCAUAUAGAUGUGAGUGUAUAUAUAUAAAAAAAUUUUUUUAAUGUGAUCAAGUAUUUGGUGUGCAGUUGCCAAUUACUAUUGUUUAUGACCACUAGGGGAGUGGUUGUCAAACUUUAUUGUACCCUGAUGGCAUGUUACAUGCUGCAUUUUUGCUAUAUAAUGUGAGACAUUUUCUAAGCCUAACAACCGUAAUGCUAACUCUAGCCCUAGCUGAAGCUAACCUUAACUAAUCCAAACCCCUAUCUAAUUUUAGCAUUAGUGUACCCUAACCCUAGCUAAACCCAACUAACCCUAACUCUAGCUUUCUCUAACUCUAACCCUAACACCAAUCCUGACAAUUAACUCAUUAGUAGUUUGACACUCACGUGGAGUGAUCACUGUAAUGGCCAACUAACAGAUUAUCCCAGUUAUCUCAGAGUUCUAUAGUGUGUGGUAGUCAUCUGGAUGUUAAUGAGGAACCUCAUGUGUGAUCAUGCCUAGUAAUAACAAGUCCACCUCUCCAUCAAGUGUUAGACAUAGCGAUCGUGGGGGUUGCUGUCUUUGCAAUUUCUUGCAUUGGGGAACCACCAUUUUGUUAUUUCUUUGAUAACAAAGCCACUUAGUGGGUUUACAUGAUAGUGGGUUUAAGUGAUGGUUUUAUACUUUGUACGGUACCUAUACUCUAUUGGCACAUCGGCUAUAUGGAAAGCUUACUACAACUUUGAAUGAUUAUAAAUACAAGAAUAAAUAUAUCUAUACAUUUUGCGGUUAUUUCAAAUUCUUACAAAAACAUAGCUGAUUUGGGAACAUUUUCUAAUUUACAAUUUCUAAUUCAUAUUUCGAUUGUCCACAAUUCAGAGAUAAGAGAAUAACCUGUGUAUAUGAAAGCUGAAUUUUAUGAACUAGAUUUCAACCCAGAACUCAAAUAUGAACUACAAAAACACCCCAAAAAACCCAUAUAAUUGCUUAAUGAACCAGGGAAAUUCCAAAGGGUAUAUCUAACAAUCGGCAAAUAAAGACAUUUGCCAUAUUAUAAACAGUAACAUUCUAGCUUACUUUUUAUCCUUCCAAAGGACAAUGCUUUGAUGAUGUGCAGUAUGUGGAGGGAAAUACUCGUGUGGUAGGAGGAUCAAAUGCUAAACAAAAUGCCUGGCCAUGGCAGGUAAGUUAUUAUAUAUAUAUGAUAAUACAAAGUCAUACAUCCAAUAGUGAGCACACAGCAAAAUACUCAUGCAUAUCUAUAGAAUGAAACCUCCUUACGUAAUAUCUUGUCUACAGGAAUCUAGAAUAAAACACAAAGAUACUCUGUAUGGAACAUAUAUUAUAAAGUAGGAAAAAAAUAAAACUCACAAGUGCAAAGCUGUUUCAGGCUCUAUUGUACUGAUCUUAACAUGUAUAGCUUGGGGAAAGAUGAGAAAGGGAUAUGAUAGAAACAUUUAAAUAUAUAAAGGGAAUCAAUACAGUAAAGGAGGAGACUAUAUUUAAAAGAAGAAAAACUACCACAACAAGAGGACAUAGUCUUAAAUUAGAGGGACAAAGGUUUAAAAAUAAUAUCAGGAAGUAUUACUUUACUGAGAGGGUAGUGGAUGCAUGGAAUAGCCUUCCAGCUGAAGUGGUAGAGGUUAACAUAGUGAAGGCGUUUAAGCAUGCGUGGGAUAGGCAUAAGACUAUCCUAACUAUAAGAUAAGGCUAGGGACUAAUGAAAGUAUGUAGAAAUAUUGGGAAGACUAGAUGGGCAGAAUGGUUCUUAUCUGCCGUCACAUUCUAUGUUUCUACAUGCUCAAAGGUGCCAAUUCAGACUAAGAUACCCACAGAAAGGAGGGAUUCUGGAAUCAUUAGGAUAAAAAUCCAUUUAUUAAUUCACAGUUGAAAUGUAAAAAAAUGCAUAUUAUUAAAAAAAUGCUACUUUUAUUGAUGGGAAUUAUAUGUUUUAUUCCUAAUCAUCGCUAGCUCACUGGAAAGAAAAACUGUGAAAAAUAAGUGAAACAAAAUAGUGUAUAUAAAUGAAAAUACAAAAAGAAUCCUCUGUUGUGCAACCUAGCAACAACAAAUGCAACCAAGUGAAAUAAAUAAAAAUAGUAGAUGAGAUCUUGAUUGUAAUUCAAUCACCAAACCGAUAAUCAAUAUAUGACAUGGAUUAUGGCUGUAGAAUACAACAAUAUUUUUCCAAAGUAUUCCUUUUAGAAAGGGUCACAAUAAAUAAUAAAAUAGACUAUACAUAGUGAAAUAUCGUAACAUAAAAUGAAGGUGAGAAGUGGGUAUAUAUCACUAGAAGUGCUGAUGUACCUAUUUAACUCUUUUCAUCUUGAAAUGAAUUCAAGUAUUAAAGGGACACUAUAGUCACCUGAACAACUUUAGCUAAAUAAAGCAGUUUUAGUGUAUAGAUCAUUCCCCUGCAAUUUCACUGCUCAAUUCACUGUCAUUUAGGAGUUAAAUCACUUUGUUUCUGUUUAUGCAACCCUAGCCACACCUCCCCUGGCUAUGAUUGACAGAGCCUACAUGAAAAGAAAAACUGGUUUCACUUUCAAACAGAUGUAAUUUACCUUAAAUAAUUGUAUCUAAAUCUCUAAAUUGAACUUUAAUCACAUACAGGAGGCUCUUGCAGGGUCUAGCAAGCUAUUAACAUAGCAGGGGAUAAGAAAAUCUUAAUUAAACAGAACUUGCAAUAAAGAAAGCCUAAAUAGGGCUCUCUUUACAGGAAGUGUUUAUGGAAGGCUGUGCAAGUCACAUGCAGGGAGGUGUGACUAGGGUUCAUAAACAAAGGGAUUUAACUCCUAAAUGGCAGAGGAUUGAGCAGUGAGGCUGCAGGGGCAUGUUCUAUACACCAAAACUGCUUCAUUAAGCUAAAGUUGUUCAGGUGACUAUAGUGUCCCUUUAAUACUUGAAUUCAUUUCAAGAUGAAAAGAGUUAAAUAGGUACAUCAGCACUUCUAGUGAUAUAUCAAGAGUCCACAUAAAAUUGCAAGAUAGGAAUGCCACAGGAUAAAAUACAAACAUCAAUUAAUAUAAAAAGUAAAAAGAAAAUCAGGGAUAUCUUUAGUCUGGAAAAGGUUCUUCUUAUAUUCUUAUAUAAAGUUUCUAAUCUGCGGAUUAUUCUCGCUACUUGUGUCAAACUUCCUGUGUGCAUUCCAUUGUGGAACGCAUUAAUUCCACUUGUUUUUUUCUGAAAUUAGUGGAUCCAUAAUCCAGGUCGUAUAAUGAUGACUGGUUUGGUCAAGGAAUUACAGUGUACUAUUUUUAUUUAUUUCACUGAGUGGACUAGCCAUCAUUCAAAAUCUUCAAGUGUUACACGUGUUCCAGUGAAUAGUGCAAGAAUAGUUAAAUAACCAAUUAAAUAAAAGAAGUGCUUUUAUUAUAACGUGAAGUGCAAUUUCAUUGACUUCAAAAAGUUUCACGAAAAUUCCCAUCACAAUUUAGGCAUAUUUCAGUUGCUUUUAGAGUGAAGUAGUGUCCAGGUGCCUUCUUACCUUCAGUUGUUAACCUAUCAGUUGGCAUACACCAAAACAACUCUACAAGUUUGAGGUUUGACUAUUGCCAAAUAAGCUUGAGUUGCCAAAGUUUUGAGAGUGUCCCUUUAACAUACAUAGUAUAGUAAAUACUUAAGUAAUGUAAAAAGCUUUUUUAUGAUGUAUUUGCUUUCCCUCAUACAGAUUUCCCUCCAGUAUCAGUCUGGAAGCAGCUGGUAUCACACCUGUGGAGGUUCUCUGAUCCGUGUUAACCGUGUCCUGACCGCUGCUCACUGUGUAGACAGGUAUCAGCAUUAGAAAAAUAAAUCUUAAUUAAUAACCUUUUAAGUUAAGAUUAUUGGGUGUCUCAUAAUAUUUGAGUUGCCAUAAUAGUCUAGUAAUCUUGAUGCAAAAUACCGUAAUUAAGUAUUGCAGUUUCUUGUAGUAUGCUCUUUUGGAUUAACAGAAAUUUGUAGUGACAAGCUUUUGGGAGUUCCUCGCUUUCAGGGCCGGCACAACCAUAAUGUGACACAGGUGGCAGCCUUAUGGUGCAACAGCCCACUGGUCACAAUGUCCAGGUGGCAGGAUGGGAGAGUACAGCACUGCACUCUUCCUCCUGCCAGUCACUAGUAGCAUGGUCGAGUGGACCAGGUUUGAGACUCUUCUGUAAUUGACAGAGGUGGAUAAAUGGACACAUAGCUGGGGGGAAUAGACGGACAAAGAGACAAGGUACUAGAAGGGCAGACAAAGACACAAGGUGCUGGAAGGGCAGACAAAGAAACAAGGUGCUUGGAAGGGCAGACAAAGAAACAAGGUGCUGGGGGAGAUAAAUAUAUAAAGUGCUGGGGGGACUGGGAGACACAGUGCUGUGGAUUGGGUGGACAAAGAGGAUGACAAAGUACCGGGGGAGAGAGAUACAUGAAGCGGUUUGGGGAAAUACGAAAUACACUAAGAGACUGGGGGAAAGUAAGAGAAACAAAGGUGGGUAAGCCACACAAAGGCAAAAUGGAGGAUAAUUUAUACUAAAGUAGGCUUUGUAAGAAACACAAUAGGGGGUAAGAAUUUCAAAAGAGGAGUUAAGCCGGGGCGGCAAAAUGCAUCUUCACCUAUGCAGCUAGUAAUCCUUGCACUGGCCCAGCACCCUUUUUAUAAAGUCUAAAGCAUUUUUGUCCACUUGUCUUUAUGGUUCCACAAAGAACCAUAAAGACAAGUAAAAAUGUAUCUUCUUUUCUUUUUUGUUAUUCUUUAUUUAUACUCAAGCAUAUUUUAGAAUAAGUACUGACAUAUAAAAUGGACCAUAAUACAGUAACCUACAUCAGAAUAUAAUGCACAGUGAUGAAUUAUCCCCUAAACUGAGGGUUUUCAUAUAAAUGAAGCUUAAACUAUAAGCUGAAUGGACAUAUUAGUUGCUGGCAGCAUGACAUAAUGAUAAGUGAUAAUCGCCGGAGCGCAAAAUCUGUACAUCAUCAAGCUUCCACUACUGCAUGGGUAUGGCCGCCAACGGACGGGUGAGAGAGGAUUAUCUUCUUUUCUUAAAAAGAAUAGAAAUGAAAACACAUAUUAACUCGUAUAGUUUAACAAAUUAAAUGCAGCUUUUAUCUAUCAGAGAAAACAAUGUAUCUGGAGUAUGCUAUAACGAAAUCCUUGGUAUUUAAAUUAGAACAAAGAAACAAGCGUUCACCUUAGCCAAUCCAUAGUUUAGAAAGGCUAAUCCAUUAGCCAAAGGUCGGAGCCCUAAAGAACAGUAUGCCAGCAAUCAAAUCAGAAUACGAAAUAGGUAUAAGACAAAAUCUGAGGUUAAAUUAAGGUAGUACUUUCGGACACCUCCCUAUUUAAUUGUGGGAGUCAGUAAUCUGGAAAGAAAAAAGGUUGAGUGGUACAAUAAUCACAGCAGUACGACAGUGAACUGAACAAGCAGAUUUAAAUAUCAAGUAUUACUGUCAGUGCAGUAAUGCUUUGCACUCAAAGACACAAAAGUGAAUUUGUUAAUUAAAGAAACAGAGUUAAUUCUAUGAUCCCUGAUUUGCAUUUACACAUGCAAACAUUAACGAUGUACAGCAUUAAUACACUGUGAAAAGAAAUAACUUUUUAAAACAAUUAGACUCUAUUAUUAAUAAUUAAAGGAAAACUCUACUCACCAAACCAAUUUUCAGUCUCACUGCUCAAUUCUCUGCCAUUCACUUUGUUAAUGCAACCCUUAACACAAUCCUCUGCCUUUCAGUCUGGAGAAUGAGAUGUAUGUCAGUUGUGACCUAUGAUAUGUCACAUAAUAGCUACCAAUUAGUGGUAAAACUCCAUUGCCUUCAUAUUUAAAGAUUCAUUUCCUAACUUGUUUUACAGAACUGUUCCCUUCCGUGUGUCUCUGGGAGAUCACAACCUGAGUACAAAUGAAGGAACUGAGCAGGUCAUUUCUGUAUCCAAAAUUGUAAAACAUACUGGCUGGAAUUCCAACAAUGUGGCAGCUGGGUAAGAUAUAAAUCAAACACUUAUAUAGAUGGCUCUUUAAUUAGAUAUCCCAUAAGCUGUAUUCCUAACACUAUGGUGCCUCUAUUCCAUUUUACAUAGAUACGAUAUUGCAAUCCUUCAACUGGCCUCAAGUGCCACCCUGAACAACUAUGUAAAGCUGGCAACACUGCCCAGUGAUGGCUCUGUCCUCUCCAACAACCACCCUUGCAUCGUUACUGGUUGGGGCAGAACCACAAGUAAGUGUCAUCUGUGAAAUAGAGGUUCAGUAAUUUCUUUUUUAUUGUCGUAGACAUGGCCAACACAUCGUAAACACUCAUUUUGGAACAUAUUUUGUAUAUAUACCUAAAAAGCUGCAGAGGUUCUACAUUAAUACAUCAUAAUUACGACAUAAAUCUAGGAUGUCUGCUUGGAGUAUUGUUUGGGGAUAAUACCUAAUAAAAGGUAUGCUAAGCCCCUCAUGUUUGAAUAAAUGUGAUUUGCAAAGUCUCUUCUGUACCACAAAGAACCCAACAAUUUCAGCCACAUGCAGUUCUAGUAGGCUUUAACCACUACCACAACAAGAGUACAUAGUCUUAAAUUAGAGUGGCAAAGGUUUAAAAAUAACUUCAGGAAGUAUUAUUUUACAAAAAGGGUUGUGGACACAUGGAAUAAACUUCCAGCUGAAGUGGUAGAGGUUAAUACAGUGUAUAAGCAUGCGUGGGAUAGGCAUAAGGCUAUCCUAGACUUAAAAUAAGUCUAGGAUAGGCAUAAGGCUAUCCUAGACUUGAAAGUAUUUCGAUAAUCGGGCCGAUUAGAUGGGCCAAAUGGUUCUUAUCUGCCGUCACAUUCUCUGUUUAAAUGUUCUUUCUCUUGGAUGCAAUGCCCAUCUCAAGCCAUCAUUGUUCACCAGGGUUUCCGUCCUCUAUCUCCUGGAUCAAUGAGGUGACUUAGUAGUUAGCAGAACAGAAAUCAUAUAUCUUGAGUCUUCACUUCCAGUGCAAACACAUUUCCUUUGCAUUGUAAUCAAUGUAAUAUGCAUCCAAAGGCUACUUAUGGUACUUUUGAGGUUUAACCAAAUAAUGUUAUAUGCUAAAAUGUAAUGGUAUUAUUUCUCGAAAUUAUCCUGUAGCUAUUGUUUAAUGGUUUCAUUUCCCCAUAGCUGGUGGAUCCCUUCCCUCAAUCCUCCAGCAGGCCCCUCUGCCUGUGGUCGCCCACUCAACCUGCUCCACCAGUUCCUACUGGGGCAGCACCGUCAAGACCACCAUGGUGUGCGCCGGUGGUGAUGGAGUAACUGCUGGAUGCAAUGUAAGAUAUUUUAAAGUUAAAUAUUAACAACCUUUUAAUAACCCUGCCGAUGAAAUAAUAUCUAUGAUGCUUAGCCACACAUUAGAAAUGGUUAUGUUUGCUGAAUAACACUUAAUUCUUAGUAUAUUCAGGAAGCUACAAAGUUUUCUUUCAAUAAACUCCCUGCUUUAUAAUCAUAUUGACACUUGUAUAGCAUUAAUAGCCAAUAAAAACAAAAAUUAACCAUAAACCCACCACAUAAUCUGGCAAAGUAUUGUGGGGAUUGCUACUCUAUGAAAAUCGUCCUAUUAGUUAGUGUUGAUGUUUAAAAUCAAUUUACAUUGUGUAUAUAUAUUUUUUUCAUUUAUUUCAAACUUAGGGAGAUUCUGGCGGACCUUUGAAUUGUGCGGUCAGCGGAGUUUACCAAGUCCACGGUAUUGCUAGCUUUGUGUCCUCUCUUGGAUGUAACGCCUACCUCAAACCAACAGUGUUCACCAGAGUUUCUGCCUACAUCUCCUGGAUCAAUGCUGUAAGUUAUUUCCCCAGAACAGAAACAUUUCAUAUCCUGAGUACACCCAGUAUGAACUUCUUCUCAUUCUUUUCUACCUUAUAAUAUAAAUAUAUAUUAUAUAGUGCAAUAUGCAGCCAAAUACUACUAUCUGUACAUUUAUUUUUUUAACUAAUAUAUAUGCCAUGUGUGGAACGUAAAAAUAAUGAACUAGAUGUUAAAUAUUAAUGGUAAAUGUUCUUUCUCUCUUUUUUCCCAGAAUGUCUAA